AUGCAAAACGGCAGCCCGAAUGGCAUUUCACAUCAAGAUGAACGCGUGACCCCCGAAAUAGGACCUGCCCCUACCGAAUUGUCUGCGUCCCAAACAUUCGUUGAUCCUACGAAUCGCGACUCGAUCCUUGCAGAGGUCAACGAAGACGAGGUCACAACCGAUACUACGGAAGGACCGCCAUCAAAGAAGCGGAGACUUACAGGAUCGGCUACUUCUCGUCGCUCAAGCUCGAGGCCGGCAUCGCCCCCCUGGAAAAAAGCUGGCGUUGAUGGACCAACAUCCUUCAUUCAGGAUGGCAGACGCAAGUCUUCGAGAGUCAAUGCGCUACCCCUCGAGCUGCAACCCCCUUCAGACAAAAGACAUACACGAGCAGCGCAGAAGCAAUCAAUAGGUAAAAAUGCUUUGGGUGGUGGAAAGACCUUUGCGUCGUCGCCGUCAGUGUUGAUGACUCCAUCGCGCUUAGACACGAAUGGAAAGCCUGCUAGCGGCACAACAGCAGUCAGCGGAUCUCCUAGACGCCUGUCAAUGAGAGGGAUAGCUGGAAGCCAACAACGUAUCUCACAGUCUCCGGUCUCCAAGGAAUCCAAUGCACGGACGAGGUCACGAAGCUCUGGUACUUCAACAGCCUUCCUUCGAACUUCCAACGUAACUCUUAACAGUUCUCCGGCUCAGGCGACAGGUGAAACGAGCGACUUUGGGAAAAGGGUCAAAGAUAUUGAACAUGAUGGAGAUGGGGGGCUGCGAAUCCCUAGGCUGCGAAUCAAAGUUAGAAGGCCAUCUAUCAGUAUCCAGCACCCUUCCCACAUUUUGAACCCUCGGAAGUAUGACUCGUUCAAACAGUGGCUCGAGAGUGAGGAAGGAAGGGUACGAGAUGACGCAGUUAUCACGCCAUCAGAGGCGCUCGAGGAGGCAAGGAGGAGGUGUCGAAUAUCUACAGCAAUUGAGCCUGGCGGUCUUCUUAGCCCAGACGUAUGUUCUGCUUACUUGCCAGAGCAGCAAGACGAACCACUCUCCCAAUAUACGCACCAGGACCAUCUUGUGGCGCACGCGUUGUACUUCAAGAAACUUCUUGACCAAGAACAUAGACGCCAUCGCCAUACGGCAAAGCUUUUCGCUCAAUGGUGUGCUGAUGCGUGGAGGAAACGCAACAAGGAUCCAGAGGACAUACUUCGGGAACAGCAAGAGGAGAUGCGUGGAAAGCGUAAACAGUUAGCCAAGGACCUCCAGAAGAUGUUCGACCUGGCUCGCGCAGACGUAGAUAGGAUGCGCCUGGCACGCUGGGAGGAGGAACGGAAAGCAGAAGACCAGCAAGCCUUGGAUCGUGCAAUAAAGCAGUCCACUAUGCUCUUCGAGAAAAGACGAAUGGAAAUCCUUGGAGAAACGGGAAGUGAGGCACUAGAAUCUAGCGAUGAGGAAGGAGGUGAAACGGACGAUUCCUCUGAGGAUGGCUCAGAUAAUGAAAGCAAUAUGUCAUCUACGGAAUCCGGAAGCGAAGAUGAAAUUGUUAUCGAUGACGAUGAGGGUCUAACAGCAGAAGAGCUUCGGUCAAAGUAUGCCAACCUUUCUUCACUCAAUGAUGAUUCGGAUCACGAGUCUCACGCUUCUGAUGACACGGCUUCGUCGAGAAAUACCAAUACCUCCCAGGUUGGUCAUCUCGCAGAUAAUGGGGGGGAUGCCAACGUACCUUUAGCGGAGCUGUCACCCCAGAAAGUUCAACUCGAAGAUGUCGACCCAGUGCUCAUGGAUGAUAGCGACGAAGUGUCUACAGAUAUGGAUGAUGAUAUGGGCGAAAGCGAAGAGGACGAGGAUUCAAAUGGCUCCGACUCUAAUGAGGAGAGUGAUGAUAGCCCAGGGUUGCUGGGAUUCUUUUCUGCGAAAGACUCCCUUUUCAAUACCAACGAUCCUCAGGCUGAUGACGACGAGAAUUCUGAUGACGACGUUGUAGGCGAUGGCGCCAAUGGGAAGAUCGCAUCCGAGGAGGAGGACCUAGAAGACCCAGAUGAAGUUUCCCUGGUGCCUAAUGGACCAGCACAGUUAGACUCGACACCCCUUGAUGCUGCCAAAGACUCUACUAUGGUCGACAACGUUCUGACUGACAUCAAGGAUACAGAUGCUGAAAUGACGGAUGCAUCUAUUCUUGGUAAUUCAGGUACCUCGAAUAUCCAGAACGGAAAUACUCCCACAGAGCCCUCAGGCGACAUGGAGCGAGACCAGCGCGAAACUUAUCAGAGUGGAGAGCCUUCUAGUGAAGCAUCUCCAGGAACACUUGCUACGAAACCUUCCGACCCAGAGUCUGUGUCAUCUUACGAUGCACCGGGAGAGAAACCCGCGCAGCCCAGCGAAUCGCCCGCUCCAGGGUUGAAGACGCCCAUUCCGCAUCUACUCCGAGGAACCUUGCGAGAAUACCAACAUUUUGGGCUGGACUGGCUUGCUGGUUUAUAUACGAACCAUAUUAAUGGCAUCCUAGCUGAUGAAAUGGGUCUUGGCAAGACUAUUCAGACUAUCGCUUUGCUCGCACAUCUGGCUGUGGAGCACGAAGUAUGGGGACCACACCUUGUUGUUGUACCUACAAGCGUGAUCCUUAAUUGGGAAAUGGAGUUCAAGAAGUGGUGCCCGGGUUUCAAAAUCAUGACUUACUACGGCAACCAAGAAGAGCGGCGACAGAAACGUAGGGGCUGGAUGGAUGACACGAGCUGGAAUGUUCUAAUCACUUCGUAUCAGUUAGUCCUGCAAGAUCAGCAGGUUCUCAAAAGAAGAAAUUGGCAUUAUAUGAUUCUCGAUGAAGCGCAUAACAUCAAGAAUUUUCGCUCGCAGAGGUGGCAGGCAUUGCUAACGUUUAGGACAAGGGCACGACUUCUACUUACCGGUACGCCGCUUCAAAAUAACCUAACAGAACUUUGGUCGCUCCUGUUUUUUUUGAUGCCGUCUGAUGGCGAUGAGACGGGCAUUGAGGGGUUCGCAGAUCUCAGGAAUUUCUCGGAGUGGUUUCGACGCCCGGUAGAGCAAAUCCUUGAACAUGGCCGAGAGACGAUGGAUGAUGAAGCAAAGCAAGUCGUCACCAAACUUCAUACUGUUCUGAGGCCUUAUAUAUUACGCCGUCUUAAAGCCGAUGUCGAGAAGCAGAUGCCGGCAAAAUACGAACAUGUCAUAUAUUGCAGGCUCUCGAAGCGGCAACGGUUUCUCUAUGAUGGUUUCAUGUCCAGAGCACAGACUAAAGAGACUCUCGCUUCCGGGAACUAUCUAUCUAUCAUUAAUUGUUUAAUGCAGCUACGGAAAGUCUGCAACCAUCCGGAUCUGUUUGAAACUCGGCCGAUAUCGACAUCCUUUGCAAUGUCACGUUCUGUAGCUACCGAAUUUGAGAUUAAAGAACUUCUCAUUCGCCGACGACUUCUCUUUGACCACCCGCUCGACAGACUUGAUUUGGAUUUUCUUAAUUUGGUCCCUAUCUCGAGGGAAGAUAUAUCCCGAAGACUGGCUGAUGAUAGUACGAGACUCAUGGCUUAUGGUCCUUUUAAUGUGCUUCGCGAACAGCAGUACCACAGGACUAACUGGGACAUGAACUUCAACGGUUCAACUAUACAGUCUACACUGGAUGUAUUAGAGAAUGACUGUAGGAAGAGGAGGAUGGCGGAGUUGGAACGAUGCCUGUAUUUCGAGUCGAAGCGGCACGGUCGUCGUCCUGUGUAUGGAAAUACUCUCAUUGAAUUCCUCACGGCAGACAGCAAACAGCGGCCGACGUCCAACGGUCCAUUGCGGAAGCGGUCACUGGCAGACUGGUUGUCCAGUCGGUCAUCUGUUCUUGCCUCGUUGAUUCUGUCUAUCAAGGAACGUUCACAUGUAAUGGAUGGCUAUGUUCAGCGAUUUGCUUGUGUCACCCCUGCUGUGGUCGCCGCUGGAAUUACCGAGGCCGCUCUAACUCCGAUUAAGACCCGGCAUUUAACCAAAAGGGAGAUAUUCCCGCCUUACGAUCCGUUUCACGAAGCUCAAAUGCGGCUUUCUAUCGCGUUCCCAGACAAGAGACUACUGCAAUACGACUGUGGUAAACUACAAAGGCUCGACAAAUUACUUCGAGAUCUUAAGGCUGGAGGCCAUCGGGCGCUAAUUUUUACGCAAAUGACUAAGAUGCUCGAUAUAUUAGAGCAGUUCCUCAACAUCCAUGGGCAUCGAUACCUCCGAUUAGACGGUACCACUAAAGUCGAGCAGCGCCAGAUUCUUACAGACAGGUUCAACAAUGACAGUCGCAUUCUCGCCUUCAUUCUGUCCAGUCGAUCUGGUGGAUUAGGUAUUAACCUGACGGGUGCUGACACAGUGAUUUUCUACGAUCUCGAUUGGAACCCGGCAAUGGAUAAACAGUGCCAGGAUCGGUGUCACCGUAUUGGGCAAACCCGCGAUGUUCACAUCUACCGGUUCGUCUCCGAAUAUACCAUUGAAUCCAAUAUCCUCCGUAAGGCGAACCAGAAGAGGAUGCUAGACGACGUCGUCAUCCAAGAGGGCGAGUUUACCACAGAUUACUUUGCCAAGCUGGAUGUUCGCGAGGUGAUUGAUAACGAGGAGAUGCUGGAGGAUCAGGAUGAGGCCAGCGCGGCAAUGGACCGCGUCCUCGAGAACCGAGUAUCUAGCAGUUCUCGCGUAUUCGAACAGGCAGAAGACAAAGAAGACAUUGACGCAGCAAAGAAUGCCCAAAAGGAGCUGGAGCAUGCAGACGACGGUGACUUUGAAGACCGGAGUGCCUCUCUCGGUACACCCGCUCAAACACCUGCCCAGACCCAGGUUGGAACCCCACUAGCAGCCAGCGAUGAACUUGGAACUCCUGGACCUGAUGCGGACGAAUCUGUAGAUGCUGAGCCACAGACUGCUCACAUCGAUGACUAUCUCUUACGCUUUAUGGAAUGGAACUUGAAGGAUGAACCGCUCGUUCUGCCCCCGGAUAAGAGUAAGAAGAGGUCUAAGAAGGGCAAGGAACAUCGUCUUCGCAAAAGACGUCGCUAG